UUUGUUAUGACUUUUCUCACAAUCAAGUGAGUUGCUUUUUGUUUUCGUCAUCUCGGCCAGGAAGAAAAUUUUAUCGGAACACAAGAAUUUCUUUUAGAAUUGUCGUGUUCCGUUGAAAGUUUACGGCUUUCUUUGUGCUUCAACAAGUGAACAAAUCGCAACUAUGGAUCCAGCACUGCUUCGCGAACGGGAGGCCUUCAAACGGCGGGCAAUGGCAACGCCAACCGUCGAGAAGAAGGCCCGAACCGAACCCAGCUAUGCCGCCCCGAAGGACAUUAAGAAACCAAGGCCUUCAGUGGCCCCUCCGAAAAUCGAUGCCAGCAACUACAAAACUAUGUCCGGAAGUUCCCAAUAUCGGUUCGGAGUGUUGGCCAAGAUCGUCAAACAUAUGCGGUCUCGCCAUCAGGAGGGAGAAGACCACCCGCUCACGCUGGAAGAGAUUCUGGACGAAACCAAUCAGCUAGACAUCGGAUCCAGUGUAAAGUCCUGGCUGCAAACCGAGGCUUUGAGGAACAAUCCCAAGAUUGACGUAACCCCGGAGGGACGUUACGUGUUCAAGGCGGUGUUCAAAAUCAAGGACGGCAAAAGUUUGAUGCGAUUGCUAAAACAGCACGAUCUGAAGGGACUGGGAGGGGUUUUGUUGGACGACGUUCAGGAAUCACUGCCGCAUUGCGAGAAGGUGUUGAAGAACCGUGCCUCGGAAAUUGUCUUUAUCACGCGACCUAACGAUAAGAAGAAGGUCCUGUUCUACAACGAUCGGUCGGCAAACUUCCAGAUCGACGAGGACUUCCAGAAGCUCUGGCGUGCCGUGACGGUGGACGCGAUGGACGACGCCAAAAUUGACGAAUACUUGGAGAAACAGGGCAUCCGGUCGAUGCAGGAUCAUGGCCCGAAGAAACCGAUCAUUCCGAAGCGCAAGAAGGCACAAGCUAAGAAACGGCAGUUCAAGAAACCGAGGGAUAACGAGCAUUUGGCCGAUGUUCUGGAGACCUACGAGGAUAACACGCUGACGCAGUCGAACGCGGUGCAGGAGAUUAAGCAGAAAAAUUGAGCAUGAGGUUUUGGGAUGGGGAGGCGGGGAUCUGUGAUGUUUGUCGAAAUAUAUCGAAUUAUUUAAGUCUUAAAA